AUUGCACAGAAUGCUCGACACAGUCGUCUCCUUCACUCUCUCAGAGGCGCUAGCAGUGGCAGCGGCCGUCGGCCUGUUUCUGGGCCUGUUCUCGGCAGCAGCUCUCCUCGUGCUCCUGCGAUGGGUGGAGAAGCGCCUGGUAGAGGCGCGGCCCGGCGGCGACAGCCGCCCCCCGCGGCAUGCCGAACCUAGUGUUCGGCACGUGCCGCUCGAGGGCAGCUUGCAGCCUGCGCGGGACCCAGCGCCACCCACAGCAUGUCAGUCAGCGGCGUGCGGGUGCAGCGGGUGUGGAUCACGCGGAAUGGGCGGAUGGCGCUUGAGGCGUCGCUGCCCGCCGCCAUGGCUGCUACUGUGUUGGCUGGCAGCAAGCGGCUCAAGGGUACUGGGAUCACCCUUGGGCCCGUCCUCAGCCCCAGCGAGCUGCGCGAACGGGAGGCGCGCAGGCAGCAGCAGCCACAGCCCACCCCGGUCCCGCCCCAGCCUGGCCGACAGCGCCGUGCGCAGCGCUCCGCCCCGCCAGCAGCCGCUAACGCGGCAGCACGGAGGCGCGGCGAGCAGCCGCCGCCGCCACCGCUUGCCGGCGGCACGGUGCAGCAGCAGCAGCAGCAACCACCACCGCCGCCCGACGGCGGCAGGAGGGAGCAGCAGCAGCAGCAGCCACCGCCGCCGCCUGACGGCGGCGGCGAGCAGCCACCACCAGCCGGCCCCCACCGUGUCACCGCCCUCACCACCGGCGGCACAGUGGCCGCCCUUGGCCAGUGCCGUGGUUCCUUUAGCGGCGGCCACGCCUGCUGCCCCGCCUAACCCCAAGUCGCCUGCGGCAGACGAGCGGCCCGAAUCCUCAACUGCGCGGCGGCGACGCCAGCGGCGGGAGACGGCGGCGAGGCACCAGGCGGAGGCCGCCACCUCCACACCCUCAUCUCGUGCCCCAUCCCCAGUCGAGGUGGCCCCUGGGCACGUCUUGACGGCCCUGCCCAGGCGGUCGGCUCGGCUGGCCCGGGGUUGAGCUUAUCCGGCGCUUCAUUAAAUGCCUCUUGCUAUCUUUAUGCAGAUGCCCACCGUGUGUAUUGCUUGGGGCAUGCAGCUUAUAAUUUUGGGUGGGUUUUGUAUUUGCUGCAAUGUUGUGUACAGCUCUACCCCCCAUACCUGAAUCUCUUCCCUCAUGUGUUUUGUGUUGGUGCAUACUUUUCCAGCUGUUUGGCACCACAGCUGGGCCCGUAGCAUUCAUUUGCUCCUUAUGGGUGUAACAGACAGACAGAC